AGCCGCUGUGGCUUGAUUUCCUUCACGCGCAGUCCGGGGCUCACGCGCGAGAGCGAUGAGCAGCACCAGUUGCCCGACCAGGCCCGCCGCUGCUGGGCGAGCGAGCGCGCUACCACCGCCGCCGCCAUCGACAGGGCUCUCUCCGCUGCUGAUGGGCCUGACAGCGGUCACGCGCAGUCGGCGCAAGUCUUCGGCGCUCAAGCUCGGCGCCGCCAGUCGUGAGGGUUCCGAGAAGAUUAGUAGUGGCAGCAGCGAGGUCCCCAUGGUGAUUACAGGUGCAGAGGACGUGCUGCACGAGGACGUGCUGCACAGCAAAGUUAAGCUCGCGCUGUAUGCAGGUGCAGAGGCCGUCCGACUGAAGUCCCCCCAGCUCACCCCGCGCAGCCACAGGGACGUUCGGACACAGGAGGCGUCGAUGCUGAAAGAGGCUCUUGACCAGGUGGUGGCUGCGCAGUCGCCCUGCCUCGACAGCGUGUCGCCGCUGUCCCCAGCGCUGGACCGUUGCUCCCAGAGCCCUCCGAAGCACAGGAGGGGCGCGCGGGCCGUGUCGCUGCUGUCCCCAGCGCUGGCCCCGUGCUCCGCAGAGGGGCCGCCGCGGCGGCGCAGGGUGGAGAGUGCAGCGACAGCCAGAUGACGUGCGCGCCCAGCCUGGGGCGCGUGACGAAGGCUUGCCCCAUCCGACCUCGAUCCCGCUCCCAAUGGGGUCCCUCCUCGCCUUCUGUCCUCCGCUCGGCUCCGCCGAGAGCGCUCCAGCGACGCAGCUUCACCGCGCCUGCUGAGCCGGCAGGCGCGGCGGCGGGGCCCCGCCUAUGCGCCAGCAGCGCCGCCCGCUCACAGGGUGGCCCCCAGAGUCGGCAACACGUAAGGGUGACCCUUCGCCGGAGUGGCCUUUGGUGCGGGCACUCCGGCGUCCCCGGAUGGCUUACUGCGAUGCGAUGGCAGCGGCUUUCGCUUUCGUUUGUGGCGCCCACCCGCGCCCCCCACUCUUUUGCCCAGGUCCGCUCCCUGUGUGCAGUCGGCAGACCUGUGCGCGUCGGCAUACAAACAAAACCCGACGGACGGUUUGGGGUCGUUUCCGAGGGGCCCUCGCCGUGCCUGCCGCGAGGGUCCUCGUAAUCCCGGGCGCGCGGCUCAACGGGGAGAGCAGCAGGGCUCCCGGGAGGGUCAGGGAGGUUUCUUUCGCCGUCGCCCGCAGCGCUGCGCUCCUGUGCGUGCAUCCUCCUCCUUCUCGUCCUUCUCCCGUCCUCCAUGAACUGGACCAUGCCCUCCUCAUCCUCCUCGUCCCCUUCUUCUGCCUACCGUAGGUGUUGGUUCACGUGUUCAGAUUGGUGAGGCACGGAGCUCGCGUGUAUUGUAUUUUUGCCACCGUCUCAAGCACACGGCAUGCUGACAGCAUGCUGCCGUGCAGCGGCGAACCAAAUAAGUUGUUUUUUGUUUCCAGCCUUCUGUUUGCUGGAUCAUGGGCCAACUAAACUGUUGUUGCCUGGCACUGUCAGGGAAGCAUCUGUGGGGCGCGCAUAUGACGUUGCCUAUCUGAGUGUUCACACUGUCACCGUCAGCGCAGGCCUCACUUGGACAGCAUAUUCUCCAUGGCUCCACGCAUGCCCUUCACAUUCAGCUUCGAAGUGCGACACGCUCCAAUUUUGGAAUAAGUGCAAAGCGCGCAAAACGCGCAGCAUACAUGUUGUGUACAUGUCGAACGUGGGCUUCUGGCGCGCUGA